AUGAAGCUCUGCAGCGUUCUUUGUUUCUUGUUCUGCAGAUAUGCAGCAGCAGAACUUGUUCAGUGGGAGUCAAACUGGUAUUUCACCGAUACACACAUCCACGCAGUUCCCCCAAGCUAUGCUACUGCGCUGCAAAAGGCUGGUGGUGGCCCAUCUGGGUUUGCAACUCCGAAUUGGACGGUUCAAGGCACCUUUGAAAGCCUUAAGACUACUGGGUCUGCCAGAGCUAUUUUGUCAAUCUCAGCUCCUGGAACACCAAUUCUUGGAACUGGCGAAUCGGCUCGAGAACUUUGCCGCAAGACGAAUAUCUACCUGGCCAGCUUAGCAGACAAAUACCCACACAAACUGGAUUUCUUUGGCACUCUUCCGGACUGGAGAGACGUAAAUGGGACACUCGAUGAAAUCAAAUUUCUUUACUCGACGUAG